AUGGUACCCAUUCCACGAGCUUGUCGUCUUGUCGGCCUCUAUGGCCGUCGAAGCUACUCGACGGCCCCGAGCCCGUCAACCCGCCUGAACCUCCCAAUAGACUACAAAUCGACGCCUCUCCUUCACCACACCCCAUCCUCCCUCGCGAACUCCCUGAACCUCCCACCCUCCAGUACGUCCAAGUCAAUGAACCUCUAUACAGCAAUCAACGCCGCACUCCGCACCGCCCUUUCCAAAUCGGACAAGGUCAUGCUCUUCGGCGAGGAUGUCGCUUUCGGCGGCGUGUUCCGGUGCUCGAUGGAUCUGCAGACGGAAUUUGGAUCAGAGAGAGUCUUCAACACACCACUGACAGAACAAGGGAUUAUUGGUUUUGCGAUCGGGGCCGCGGCAGAGGGGAUGAAACCCGUUGCGGAGAUCCAGUUCGCAGACUACGUCUUUCCUGCGUUCGAUCAGAUUGUCAAUGAGGCGGCGAAGUUUCGGUAUCGGGAAGGAGCGACGGGGGGGAAUGCUGGUGGGCUAGUAAUUAGAAUGCCUUGUGGUGCUGUAGGACACGGAGCUUUGUACCACUCGCAAUCGCCCGAGGCGCUCUUUGCUCACAUUCCCGGUCUCCAAGUUGUUAUCCCCCGUUCACCGUCACAAGCCAAGGGUCUUCUCCUUGCGUCAAUCUUCGAAAGCAAAAACCCAGUUGUGUUUAUGGAGCCGAAGGUGCUCUAUCGGGCGGCAGUGGAACACGUCCCUAGUGAAUACUACACGAUCCCUCUUAACAAGGCGGAGGUGAUCAAACCCGGCAAUGAUGUUACUAUCAUUUCGUAUGGACAACCAUUAUAUCUCUGCUCGGCAGCCAUAGCGGCCGCCGAGAAGAAUCUAGGCGCAAGCGUCGAGCUUAUUGACUUACGGACCAUUUACCCUUGGGACCGACAGACUGUGCUGGACAGCGUCAACAAGACGGGACGGGCUAUUGUCGUGCAUGAGAGUAUGGUGAACUUUGGUGUCGGUGCCGAAGUCGCUGCUACUAUCCAAACUGGCGCGUUCUUGAGACUGGAAGCUCCAGUUCAACGAGUGGCAGGAUGGAGCACGCAUACCGGGUUGACAUACGAGAAGCUGAUUCUUCCUGAUGUUACAAGGAUCUAUGACGCGAUUAAGCGAACACUUGAGUAUUGA